AUGGAAGACCAGCAGAUCUGGUCUUCCUUGGGGAAGACCAGAUCGUCUUCCCCAUGGAAGAUGAGGGAAGACGAUCUCGUCUUCCCCAUGGAAGAUGAGAUUUUUAGUCCAUAUCCGGUCCGAGUGGGGAUGAAUCUGAAUGUGGAAGGCUUAAAGAACACAAUAGUGAAUCUUCAUAAUUCUCUUUCUUUUCCAUCAAACACUCCAGCAUGCGAGAAGUAUGCAAAAGCUCUUGAGUUUAUUGAAGAAAUUACUAAAAAUGCUAAAUCGGUUCAAGAAAAUUUAUUGGCUGAAAUUCUCAAGUUAAACAAAGAUGUUGAGUAUUUUAAAAGAUUCAAACUCGAUCGAGCUAUCGAUUCUGAGAUUUUCAAGUCGAAGAUAUCGAUUAUUACCUAUGAAGAUUUGAAACCUGAAAUCGAACGUAUUGCUAAUGGAGAUCGCUCUGCUAUUUUGUCAGCUCACCCUAUUUCUGAAUUCUUCACCAGUUCAGGAACAUCAUCUGGCGAAACAAAGUUGAUACCAAUAACUAAACAAGACAUUUCUCGUCGCUAUACAUUCAAUCGUAUACUAAUUCCUGCAGUAAUGAACUCUUGGGUGCCUGGAUUAGACAAAGGUAAAGCAUUGUACUUCUACUUUGUGAAAUCUGAAAUAAAAACACCAAGUGGUCUUCUGGCUCAACCUUUAACAUCAAGCCUCUUCAAAACUGACUAUUAUAGAUUUGAUAUAUAUAACCCUAAAAUAUUCACUAGCCCGAUUGAGUCAAUUCUUUGUCCUGACUCGUUCCAAAGUAUGUACACUCAGUUGCUCUGUGGCCUUUUGAAUCGCCAUCUUGUGCUCCGUAUUGGUGCAAUGUUUGCCUCUACUUUAAUCCGUACCAUAAAUUUUCUCCAGCUUCACUUGAAAGAGCUAGCUCAUGAUAUCAUGUCAGGAACCCUAAGCGACCGAGUCACCGAUUCUUCUAUCAGAAAUUAUAUGGAAAAAAUCAUGAAACCUGAUCCCGAGCUUUCCGAGUUUAUUCGAGUCGAAUGCUCGAAACAGAAUUGGGAAGGGUUUAUUCCAAGAAUUUGGCCUUAUGCUAAAUUUCUUGACGUGAUCAUUACCGGAGGCAUGGCUCAGCAUAUCCCGACUCUUGAUUACUAUAGUGGUGGUUUGCCAUUAACUUCUCCGAUAUAUGCUUCAUCGGAAUGUUAUUUUGGGUUAAACUUGAAACCAAUGUGCAAACCAUCAGAAGUUUCUUACACAUUCAUGCCAAACAUGGCCUACUUCGAAUUCUUGCUUCGUGAUGUUGACUCGUCCGAGUUGACUCGUGACUCACCACCUACACUCGUUGACCUUGUCGAUGUUGAAGUCGGUAAAGAAUAUGAGGUUGUUAUCACAACAGUUGCAGGUUUAUAUAGGUACCGAGUUGGAGACAUUCUUCGAGUCACUGGUUUUCAUAACUCAGCUCCUCAAUUUCAAUUUAUAGGAAGAAAGAAUGUGUUGCUCGGUAUUGAUAUAAAUGAAGCUGAGAUGCAAAAAGCAAUAGACUAUGUGUCUAAUCAAAUCCUAUGUGAAUUCAAAACAAGUGUGGGGGAAUAUGCAUGCUAUGCGGAUACAAAAACUAAUCCCGGUCAUUAUGUGAUUUACUGGGAGCUAUUUAUCAAAGACGAGUCAGCUAACUCACCAACUGAUAAGGUAUUGAGUCAAUGUUGCCUUGCAGUGGAAGAAUCGUUGAACUCAGUGUAUCGCCAAGGUCGGUUUGAAUAUUUUUGGUUAGGUCCAUUAGAAAUAAGAGUGGUUAAAAAUGGAACAUUUGAAGAGUUAAUGGAUUAUGUAGUAUCAAAAACGGCACUACCAAGAUUUGUGAACUCGGCACCAACAAUAAAGUUGCUUGAUUCAAGAGUUAUAUCUACACAUUGUAGUCCAACAUCGCCAUAUUGGACCUUAUAAAAAGGAACAUUAUGCAAUAAUAUCAUAUAUUAGCAAUAUUACGUA